AUGGAGAUCGGAGACUCAGGCUUCUCUGAUCAUAAAUUUCUGACUUUCACCACUGCCCUCCCUCGUCGAUCAAGUACUACAUCUGCUCAGGCCCGCUGGGUUCGCUACUUUUCCCCUACAGCCUGCGAGGAUUUUGCUACUGCUUAUAAGGCAGCCGAUGAAUUGUCAGCUACAAAUUGGUCUGUAGAAAGCUUUGAUGCUAAUACAUAUUUUAAUCGUUUUAAUAGCACCUGCUUGAAUAUUGUCAACAACAUUGCUCCUUUGAAGAUCAAGCGUUCCAUCAAAAAAUCUGCUCCUUGGUUCAAUGACUCUAUUCGCUCACUCCGACGAAACUGCAGACAAGCAGAACGCAAAUGGCGUAAGGACAGGUUGCAGGUGUCCUAUGACAUUUUAAGGGAGUCCCUUUCUAUUUUUCAGAAAGCUGUCAAGUCUGCGAAAUUUAAAUUUCUUUCAGAGAUUAUUUCAAAAAAUCACCAUAGACCAAGAGUUUUAUUUUCAACUAUAGAUGCUGUUUUAAAUCCAGCUGUUGAUGUUUUCCCUGAUGUGUCUAAUCUCUUAUGUGAAAACUUUGUGGCCUUUUUUGUCGAGAAGAUAGCAAGGUCAAGACCACAAUCAUUGGCAGCUCUUCAUAUCUCUCCUGAAAUAAUUGGGUGCUCUUCUACUUGGAGCAUGUUUAGUUUCAUUUCCCUUCAAACCUGUAAAGACAUUAUUGAUCAUCUGAAACCUACUUUUUGUCCGUACGAUAGUAUUCCAUCACACUUUUUUAAGCAAAUUGUUGAUACCAUAGGGCCUGAUCUCCUGUUUUUUAUUAAUAAGUGUCUGAGUACUGGCACGGUCCCUGACGGCCUAAAACAUGCCUCUGUUACUCCUCUCUUGAAGAAACCAAAUCUUGAUGUGUCUGUUUUAGGUAAUUUUAGACCAAUUUCUAAUCUCCCUUUUAUCUCAAAAAUCUUGGAAAAGGUUGUAUUUAUUCAACUUCACUCUUUUCUGGAUUCUAACUCAUUAUAUGAUACUUUUCAGUCAGGAUUUAGAAAACUAUAUAGUACUGAAUCUGCUUUACUGAAAGUUACUAAUGACAUUCUGCUGGCUACAGAUAAAGGGAGUGCUGUUGCUCUGGUCCUUUUAGAUCUCAGCUCAGCAUUCGACAUGGUCGAUCACUCUAUUCUCAUCUCCCGACUGGAAAAUCUUUUAGGCAUUCAGGGUACCGUUUUGAAUUGGUUCCAGUCUUUUUUAACUAAUAGGAUGUUCUCUGUCUGUAUUGGAAAACACACUUCCUCAGUUGCACAUCUUUCUUGUGGUGUUCCGCAGGGAUCUAUUCUGGCUCCAACACUGUUCUCCUUAUACUUGCUGCCAUUGGGUUCCAUCUUUUCCAAAUAUGGAGUAUCUUUCCACCUAUAUGCCGAUGACACCCAAUUAUACCUUCCUCUUAAACAUAAUGAUUCAAGUUCCAUAGAGGUUCUGCUAGCUUGUUUACAUGAAGUUAAAAUUUGGCUUACACAGAAUUUCUUAGCCUUAAAUGAGAAUAAAACCGAAGUUAUGCUGUUUGGUCCAAGUGAUUCCUAUGAUUUUGGUGAUCUGGACCUUGGCGACUUAAGUUCUCAUGUUACUCCAUGUGCGAAAAAUGUAGGUGUGUUGUUUGAUUCAGGUCUCAAGUUCGAUAAACGAAUUAAUUCUGUUGUUAAAUCCUGUUUUUAUCAUUUACGACGUCUCGCAAAAGUCAAACCUGUUCUUUCUUUAAAGAACUUUGAAAAAGUUAUCCAUGCAUUUAUUACUUCACGCCUUGAUUAUUGCAAUUCACUUUAUUAUGGUGCAAAUCAAUCAUCCAUCGGGCAUCUUCAAAUGGUACAAAAUGCUGCAGCCAGGCUGCUGACUGACAGUCGAAAAUUUGAUCAUAUCUCUCCCAUCUUAACUUCUCUGCAUUGGCUACCAGUCAAACUGAGAAUAGAUUUUAAAAUUCUAGUUUUUGUUUUUAAAGCAUUACAUGGCCUAGCACCAGCGUAUCUUUCUGACAUUUUACAUUAUCACAAUCCUUCUAGGUCACUUAGAUCAGGCAGCCAACUCGCGUUACUUUCUCUGGAGAAGCUCCUCGGCCAGCGCUGCAUCCUCAAUGUGUCAAAACUGAUCUAUCAUCAGCUCUCGACCUGA